UCGGAGAGACUCUUUGGAGCCUGGAGUAAUGGCUGACGUGCUUUUCUCAGCCUUGCUACCGGUGGUGAUGGAGAAGGCAACCGACCAUGUUCUCCAACAGUUUGGAAUGAUGUGGGGCAUCCAUGAGAAGCUAGAAAAGCUGGAAAGAAUGCUGUCGGCAAUCCUGGACAGGCUUGGAGAUGCAGAGGAGCGGCAAGUCAAAGAAGCGGGUGUGAAGAGCUGGUUGGCAGCACUGAAGAAUGCAGCCUACGAAGCAGACGACAUACUGGAUGACUUCAAUGUGGAAGCAAAGCGGCGGAAGGCAGAGAUUCAGAUCGACAUGACAAAAAAGGUGCGCAGCUUCUUUUCUCUUGGCAAUCCAGUUUCGUUUCGCCUUAAGAUGGGGCGAGAGUUGCAUGCUAUUGUUGAAAAAAUAGAGAAACUAGUAGAUGAGGGAAAUAAAUUUGGUUUCACGGUCAAAACCCAACCACAAAAGGACAGGCCACAAACCCACUCCUAUGUGGAUGAGUCAGAGGUCAUCGGCAGGGAGGAAGAUAAAGCAAAAAUAGUGGAGUUGUUACUUGAUCAUGAUAACAACCGGAAUGUUGCAGUCCUUCCCAUAGUUGGGAUGGGGGGUUUGGGUAAGACCACACUGGCCCAAUUGAUUUACAAAGAUCAGAGGGUGGAGAAACAUUUCGAGCCACGCAUAUGGGUCUGUGUGUCGGAUGAGUUCGAUGUUGCAAAACUUGCUAAAGCAAUAAUAGAUUCAGCCCCAGGGGUUGAGUGCAAGCAAUCAGACAUGGACUCGUUACAACGCAGCCUUCGAGAAGUGGUAAGUGGGAAGAGGUACUUGGUUGUAUUAGAUGAUAUUUGGAACGAGGAUCAGGCAAAGUGGAAUGAGCUAAAAACUUUACUAGCAACUGGCGGAGAAGGGAGUAGGAUUGUUGUGACUACACGAAGUGAGCGGGCAUCGUCGAUAAUGGGUACCCUCAGCCCUUAUCGCCCAGAGUGUUUGACUGAGGAUGAUUCUUGGGCAUUGUUUAAGAAGAAAGCAUUUGAAGGGAGAGCAGAAGAGCCUAAAAAUCUUGUAAACAUCGGCAAGGAAAUUGUCAAGAAAUGUGGUCGGUUGCCUCUGGCAGUGAAGACACUGGGGGGCUUAAUGCAGUCCAAGGGCCAGGAAAGGGAAUGGUUGUCCGUGAGGGAUAGCGAGAUUUGGGAUCUGCAGGACGGUGAAGAUAGGAUCUUAGCAGCACUAAGGUUGAGCUACAGUCAAUUGUCUUCCCAUUUAAAACAAUGCUUUGGUUUUUGUGCCAUAUUUCCGAAGGAUUAUGAGAUGGAAAAGGAUCUGUUGAUUCAACUAUGGAUGGCCAACGGAUUCAUUCCAUCCGAUGGAAGAAAGGAGUUGGAGGACAAAGGGCAUGAGAUUUUUAAUGAGUUGGCUUGGAGAUCCUUCUUUCAGGAUAUCAGGGAAACUGAGGAGAAUGCCUUAUACGGGCGUCUUUAUUAUAAAACAACAUGCAAGAUGCAUGACCUCAUGCACGAUCUGGCGCGAUCCAUUAUGGGGAAUGAAUGCCUGGGCAUGGAGGACCCUGCCAGGUGGGAAGAUAUAUCUACGAAAGCCCGUCACUUGUUUACAUUUAGAAAAGUUCAAUUGAAUAAUUAUCCAAAUAUUCGCACUCUCCUGUGCUCGGGAUUCUCAGCUAGUAUGCCUGCGGAUUCAUUAAAGCCAAAGUCCUUGAGAGCAUUGGAUCUAUGUUAUACUCCUAUACACGACUGCCUAUUGCAAUUGCAUAUUUGAAACAUCUGAGAUACCUCGACCUUUCUUAUACUUCUAUUGAAGCAUUACCGGAUGCCACCAGCACACUUUUCAAUCUACAAACUCUGAAACUCUCUUGCUGCAGGAAACUCCGUAAGCUGCCCGAAGACAUGAGAAAUAUGAGUAGCCUGAGGCAUCUCUACAUUGACAGAUGUCCUAGUCUGAAACAGCUACCAGCAGGUAUCGGGCAAUUGAGCAGCCUGCGAACAUUGACCAAAUACGUUGUAGGCAAUGAUGCUGGAAGGCGUAUAGGUGAGUUGAAUAGCUUAAAUCUCGGUGGCCUUCUAGAGCUGUAUAACCUGAGGAAUGUGAGGGAUGCAGCAGAUGCUAAAGAAGCUAAUCUUAGUUCCAAA